AUGAUCGAGCGAGUUAAACCACGUCAAGAAGUUCAAGUUAUUCGUGAAAAUAUUCUCAUACGAAAAAUGGACAAACUUAAAGAUCAAGUUGUUCCUGCCUGCAGUCGAAGCUUCUUGCCUAAAGAAAUGCAACAAUGUCGUCAAGCCAAAGUCGAUAUGCUUGACUUAAAGAGAGACAAAUUGAAGCAAGACUUGGAAAAGGAGAAAUCAAAUAAGAAGCGUAUAAUAGCAACAAUCCCUGUGAAGUUGACCUCGGCAAAUGCUAAUGAAAAUGUUGCUGCAAAUGCCGUUGAAGAGGCUUACAAGGAAUUGGAUUUUUUCUAUACAUUGGUUUUGAAUAAUUCUAAUCCACACAUCGUCCAAGAAGCCAAAGAUGAUAUGUGGCGUAAAAUGCGAAAACUCUUCACCAACAUACCCAACUUUCUCAUAUUCAAUUCCAUAUUAAAAGUUAAAGAAGAACAACUCCAAAACAUCAUGACCCUCAAUAAAACACCCAAAAUCCCAUUCAAAGAAAAUCUCAAUGCCUUUGAUUUGAAACUGCUCAAAGCCAAAGCAUCCAUUCUCGGAAUGGCAGCCAACUACAUGUCCGCACGCCAAGAAAGCCAUUCUCUCAAUCAACGCUUUUCCCUCGCCUACACGCAAUUUGUCGAAGCUGUCCAAUGUAAAGUAAAUCUCUUCAAUAUCGAAACUGACGACGAUAUCGAUGACAUCAUUUCCAAUUACAUUGUACAAUACAAUACACGAGUAUUCAACAAAGGUCAAAACGAGUAUAUACUAGCCCAGAUCGAAUUGUGCAAAGCACAAAUCGAAUGCGGCACAAAACAACUCGAAGACCAUGAAAUUCUGCUCAAUUCGAUAAAAAGGAAAAGAUUCUAUUUUCAAAUAACAUGCUGCAGCAUCUCCACGGAGAUAUGCAACUAG